CUGUGACGACGAGGAGUCCAGAUUUGCCAGAAAGCCCAGGACUAGAAGAUGAGAGGGGACAUGGCUGUAGAUAGGAGUUUAUGCCGGAAGACUCACCUACUGGGUGCAGAGGAGCAGGAGGGGUCAUAUGAGAAAUUGGUAUCGUUUGAGGAUGUGACUGUGGCGUUCACCCAGGAGGAGUGGCAGCACCUGGACCCCGCCCAGAGAUGCCUGUACCAGGACGUGAUGCUGGAGAUCUACAGCCACCUCGUGUCAGUGGGGUAUCCCAUUCCCAGCCCGGAGGUCAUCUUUAGGAUGGAGGAAGGAAAGGAGGCACGGACAGAGGAGGCUGAAUUCUCAGGCCAGAGGUGGUGUCAAGAAACAUGUGGGCUUGACUCCCCAUCACAGAAACUUUCUGAGAAAGCUUUGGUUCAAAGUGAUUAUUCAGCAAGUGAAGUCACCAGAGAUGGUUCAUGGUGUUCCCUUCUGCAAGAACUGUGGAAGAAUACUGACCCUACAAAGAGAGAUCAGCCAAACCGGACCCCACCCUCGAGUCCAGGUGCUGUCCUCGACAAGAAAACACUGUGCACAGACAGUGGCCGUGCAUGUCAGAAGCCUGGGGAAACCAUUGUUUUGGCACCCCACCUCAUCUCCACACAAGGGGGACUUCUAAGAUGUUACUCGCUUCCAACAAGUUUGAAUCUGAACCUAGAAGCAAAUGCUCAGAAGGAAAGCAGUGUCACAAAGCAGCUUCUUUACAUUGUGGUGUCUGGUCAGCUCGUCACACAGGGUUCUUGUAAGGCCAACUUUAUGAUUACUCAUGGAGGAGAGGAAGCCUGCACAAGGCCUGGGCGUGGAGACGGUCUCAGCCAUAAGUACCCACUGACACAGCACGACGGUUAUUCUCAGGAGAAAGCAGAUCAGGGUACUAAGUGUGGGAAGGUACUCUAUGCCGUGUCCUCUUCGCACAAACCCAGGAUCACUCCAACUGCGGAGAGCCCGUUUGUCUCAUACAAGGAUGGGAAGGCCUUCCUCCACAUGUCGGAGUCACUGCGUUACCCAUUUCCCCUGAAGGAGGGAGAGCUAAUUCAGGCUGGGGAGAACCCUUACAAAUGCAGCGGCUGUGGGAAAAUCUUUCGUACUGAGGCCGCGCUCCAAGAGCAUGAGCAAAUUCACACAGAAGAGAAGCCCUAUGUGUGCAGUCAGUGUGGGAAAGCUUUCGGCAGCAGGUCAGUUUUCUGUGAACAUGAGCUGCUUCACAGGAAGGAGAUGCCUUUUGUCUGUGAUAAAUGUGGGAAGGCCUUCUUGGAGAAGUCAGAGUUGACAUCCCAUCAACAAAGCCACACUGGAGAAAAGCCUUACAAAUGUUGUGAGUGUGAAAAGUCUUUCAAGUUUCCAUCCCAACUGAAGGUGCACUGUCAAAUCCACACAGGCGAGAAGCCUUAUGAAUGCCAGGAGUGUGGGAAAUCAUUCAGUAAAACAGCCAAACUCAAGGUGCACCAUCGAAUUCACACAGGAGAGAAACCUUACGUGUGCUCUGAGUGCGGGAAGGCCUUCAAUCAGAAAUCAAUACUGGACAGGCAUGGGAAACUUCAUCCUGGGGAGAAGCCUCACAGAUGCAGUGACUGUGGGAAGUCAUUUAAUUACCCGUCCCAGCUGAAGGUGCAUUACCACAGCCACACCGGGGAGAAGCCUUACAAAUGCCGAGAGUGUGGAAAGUCGUUUAAUUUUCCAUGUGAACUGAAGGUGCAUUAUCUAAAUCACACGGGGGAGAAGCCUUACAAAUGCCGAGAGUGUGGAAAGUCGUUUAAUUUUCCAUGUGAACUGAAGGUGCAUUAUCUAAAUCACACGGGGGAGAAGCCUUACAAAUGCCGAGAGUGUGGAAAGUCGUUUAAUUUUCCAUGUGAACUGAAGGUGCAUUAUCUAAAUCACACGGGGGAGAAGCCUUACAAAUGCCGAGACUGUUGGAAAUUGUUCAGUAAAAUGUCCCAACUGAAGGCACAUUAUCGAGUUCACACUGGGGAGAGGCCUUUCAAAUGUAGCCACUGUGGAAAAGCCUUUUCUACUAAGGAGCAAGUCCAGGAGCAUGAGCGCAUUCACACGGGCGAGAAACCCUUUGUGUGCACUGAAUGUGGGAAGGCCUUCAGUAGCAGGUCAUCUUUUCGCAAACAUCAGCUAAUUCAUACUAAAGAGAGACCUUUCGUCUCUCAGAAAUGUGGCUCGCAAGAGUCAGCAUUGACACCCCGUCUGCAGCCCCACAUUGGUGACAAGCCUCCUUACAAAUGCCCUGACUGUGGCAAGUUGUUUAAUUACCCGUCCCAACUGAAGUCACAUUAUCAAACCCACACGGGAGAGAAGCCUUGCAAAUGCCCUGACUGUGGGAAAUCAUUUAGUAAAUCAUCUCAGCUGAAGACACAUUCUCGAAUUCACACAGGGGAGAGGCCUUAUGUGUGUUCGGUGUGCAGGAAGGCCUUCAAACAGUUGUCAACACUGAGCAGGCAUGAAAAAAUCCACAUGGCGGAGAAGCCUUACAAAUGCAGUUUCUGUGGGAAAUCAUUUUGCUCACCGCCUGAACUGAAGGUGCAUCUUCUGAUUCACACAGGGGAGAGACCUUACAAAUGCAGCUACUGUUGGAAAGCCUUUUGUACUAAGGUCCAACUCCAAGAGCAUGAACGAAUUCACACAGGAGAGAGGCCCUAUGUGUGCACUCACUGUGGGAAAGCCUUCAGAAGCAGGUCAGUUUUCUCUAAACAUAAGUUGAUUCACAAGAAAGAGACACCUUUUGUCUGUGACAAGUGUGGGAAGGCCUUCUCACAGAAAUCAGAGUUGACAUCUCAUGAACAGACUCACAUUGAGGAGAAACCUUACGAAUGUCAAGACCCAAAAAUUGUUUCGUGAAAUGUGCCACUUUUGUGGACGUCACAUAGUGAGGAACCCUUUCAGAUGCAGCAGCUGUGGAAAGUCUUGGCUCUACAUUCAACUUCAAGAUUAUAAACAAAGUUACUUGAGAGAAACCCUAUGUGUGUACUGAAUGUGAGAAAAUCUUCAGGGACAGGUUAACUUUUCAUAAGACACCAGAUGACUCAGAGUGAAACCAUUUUCUGUUACAAAUAUGGAUUAGAGAUGACAUUAUGUCAACUCACAUUAGUGAGAAAACGUUGGAGUGCCAUGUUUGAGAAAUCACUCUAACCUAGAUCUUACCUAGCUGAAGUCGCAUCAGCGGCUCACCGAUGGAGAGCUGUAUGUGUGUUAUGAAUAACUGCAGGUGUUCAAGAACAGCUCAGAAUUCAACUGAUACUACACAAUUCAUUCAAGAGACAGUUUUUUUUUUGUUUGUUUGUUUGUUUUUGUCUUUUUGAAACUGAGUCUCCCAGUAGCCCUAGCUGGCCUGGAACCCACUAUGUAGACCAGGCUGGCCUCGAACUCACAGAGAUCUGCCUGCCUCUGCCUCCCGAGUGCUGGGACUAAAAGGUGUGUGCCACCACGCCCGGCUCAAGAGACGGUUUUAAUAGUUGCAGUUGUUAUGUAACAGAUUUUAUUGAGAAAUGAGUUCCUCAGUUACCCGUGUAUUCAUAGAUGAGUUGUAUACCUUUAUUUACUUGGAAAUCAUUUUAUAAGAGAUUAAAUUGUACAUCUCCUAUUCUUUGAACAGAAAAAAAAAUCUAGCUUUACAUUGCUUGUUUAGACACAGCAAACAUAACACACGAGGAAAAUUACUCACAAAAUAACCUACGAUAGGCACAUGUAUUCAUAUUUAUGUUUAUUAAAAUGUAUGGAUUUUAUUUCAGAUUAUCGCUGACUGAAUCAGAAAAAUGUUUCUGUAGAUAGUGAUUUAAUUUUUUUUUUCUUUUAGACAGGAUCUCCCUGUAGCCCCAUCUGGCCUGGAAAUCACUAGUAGACCAGAGUGGCCUUGAUCUCACAAAGACCCACCUGUCUCUGCCUCCCAAGUGCUGGGGUUAAAGGUAUGCGCCACCACACCUGGCAUAAGACAAAGUUUUAGCAGACUACAGGGAAUUUUAUGGGAAAUUAUGUCAGUGAUAACUGUUUAUUGUGGGAAGCCAAUAGGCCUAAGUGCCAGGCAUGUGAAGAGUACAAUGUUAUGAAUGUACUUGUGUGUAUGAUAUGUGUGCAUCGUAAAUGAAUUUAUAUUUCUGUGUACAUAGACACAACUGCAUGUAUUUGAUCAGCAUAUAUAUUUAUAUGUGUAUAUAUAUGUCAGUGCAUGUAUGGAUGGAUACAUAUGUGUAUUCCCUCCGUUUAGUAGGGUUUCCUAUAGAAUUCACUGCAUAAUAGGAACAGGUAGUUUAUGGUUAUUUUUAAAUGACAUUUAUUUAUUUGUGUGUAUGUAUGUGGUAUGCAUGUGCUACAGGUCCAUGGGAGGACCAGAGGACAUCUCGUGAGAGUCUAUUUUCUUCUUACACCAGGUGGGUUCUGGGAAUUGAAUUCUGGUCAUCUUGCUUGGCAGCAAUCACCUUUACCUGCUGAGCUCUCUCACUGGCCUUGUAGUUAUUUUUAUUAAAGAAGGUAAUUUAUAUUUUAUGUUUGUCAAGUUUAUUCUCUCAGGGUGUGAUUGCGUACAUCUCUAAUUCCAGCACUUGGGAGGCAGACACAGGUAGAUUUCUGAGGGUUUCAGCCAGCCUGGUCCACACAGCAAGUUCCAGGCCA